AUGCACGUGUGCAUCCGAGCUCAGACGUUGUACGUCGAUCGUUCAGCAAACCAGGUGACCGAAGAUGGCGUCUGCUCAGUCUCCUCCGGCCAAGAAGUCACGGAGCAAAGCCGUCUUGAACGGCGACAGCUGCACAGAGGCAGUGAACGGCAAGACCUGCGUGCAAGUAGCCACGAACGCCGACACGCCCGCAGAGGAUCCCGCCGUCACGCUGUUCAGGGAGUAUAUUCGCAUACCGUCCAUCUCCAGGGGUGAUAACUACCUCCAACACUACGCCGAGGCGGUCAAGUUCAUCCAGACUGUUGCAGACGACAUUGGGCUACCCCACGAGCUAAUAGAGGUGAUACGUAGCUAUAUAUUCACCGUCUUAGCUAUAUAUAACAAUGUUGAACACUGUUCUCAGGUUACUCCUGCAAAUAAAAUUGUCUUGAUAACAGUGGAGGGCACCCACCCAGAGCUGAAAUCGGUGCUCCUUAACUCACACUACGACGUCGUGCCCGUUUUCCCUGACUGUUGGAAGUAUGAUGCGUUUGCUGCACACAAAGAUGAAAACGGCGACAUUUAUGGCAGGGGUACACAGGACAUGAAGUGCUGUAUAAUUUGGCAUUUGGAGGCUCUCCGAAGGCUCAAAAAAAGUGGAGUUAAGUUCAGUCGAACUUUAUACAUCACUGCUGUACCUGACGAGGAAAUGGGUGGAAUGCUCGGAAUGGCGUUGUUCAUUAAGACCGAGAGAUUCAAGAAGAUGAACGUUGCAUUUGCACUGGACGAAGGGCUUGCAAACCCGACCGAGGCAAUGUCUGUGUACUACGGAGAGAGGUCUGCACAUUGGAUUGAGGUGACGUGCCCUGGAAACCCUGGCCACGGUUCAAGAUUCAUUGAAAACACUGCCGUCGAGAAAGUUGAAAAACUGCUGAGGCAGGCUUUGGCAUUACCGACAGGAGCAAAAGACCAAGUACGUAUGUCCAAUGCAACUGUACACAGUGUAUGUGGUGUAUGUGUUACUAUUUAUAGACUGGAAGGUGCCCCAUGUCUAAAACUUGGUGACGUCACGACAAUCAACGUCACUGAGAUUCACGGUGGCAUUACGCACAAUGUUGUUCCAAACAAGUUUGUGGUUGUGCUGGACAUGAGGUUCUCACCACAUGAAGACCACCAGGAGAUACUGAGGAUGGUGCAGGGCUGGCUGGACGAGGCCGGGGAAGGCUGCACACUCAAAUUCAUCCAAGAGAGUCCAAAGUACCCGAUGACGUCCACGGAUGACAGCGACCCGUGGUGGAGAGCUUUCUCUACUACCUGUGAUAAACAUUCUCUGAAACUGGAGAAAGAGAUAUUUCCAGCUGGGACAGACAGCCGGUACCUCCGUACCUUGGGAAUCCCUUGCCUCGGGUUCUCCCCGCUAAACCACACCCCCAUCCUGCUCCACGACCAUAACGAGAGACUCAACGAGAGGGUUUUCCUCCGAGGAAUCGACAUUUUCGUGGACCUGCUUCCUGCUCUGUGUAACGUGGAAACAACUGUCUGAAGGCUAGAAAUAGUUUAAUAGAUAUAAACUGUAUUAUCAAGGUAUAUAUUCAGCUGCUAAAAAUCGUCUGAACGCGUGCAUGAUUUUUCC